GUCCUCCCCGAGUCGGCAGCGCGAUAGAGGUGACCUGGCUGCUUGAGGCUCGUUUUUGCAGGUGCUGAAAUUGCUGAAAUUGCUCGCGCAGUUCUCAGUCAUGUCUGAACCAGUCAGAGUCCUUGUAACUGGAGCAGCUGGUCAGAUUGCAUAUUCACUGCUGUACAGUAUUGGAAAUGGAUCUGUCUUUGGUAAAGACCAGCCUAUCAUUCUUGUGUUACUGGAUAUCACUCCCAUGAUGGGUGUCCUGGAUGGUGUCCUAAUGGAACUGCAAGACUGCGCCCUUCCCCUCCUGAAAGAUGUCAUUGCAACCGACAAAGAAGAGGUUGCCUUCAAAGACCUGGAUGUGGCCAUCCUUGUGGGUUCCAUGCCAAGAAGGGAGGGCAUGGAGAGGAAAGAUUUACUGAAAGCAAAUGUGAAAAUCUUCAAAAGCCAGGGCGCAGCCCUGGACAAAUAUGCAAAGAAGUCAGUUAAGGUGAUUGUGGUGGGAAACCCAGCGAACACCAAUUGCCUGACUGCCUCCAAGUCAGCACCAUCCAUCCCCAAGGAGAACUUCAGUUGCCUCACUCGUUUGGAUCACAAUCGAGCUAAAUCUCAGAUUGCACUUAAACUUGGUGUGACUGCUGAUAAUGUAAAGAACGUCAUCAUCUGGGGAAACCAUUCCUCAACUCAGUAUCCAGAUGUCAAUCAUGCCAAGGUGAAAUUACAAGGGAAAGAAGUUGGUGUUUAUGAAGCUGUGAAAGAUGACAGCUGGCUCAAGGGAGAAUUCAUCACGACCGUGCAACAGCGUGGUGCCGCUGUCAUCAAGGCUCGAAAACUCUCCAGCGCAAUGUCUGCCGCGAAAGCCAUCGCUGACCACGUCAGGGACAUCUGGUUUGGAACCCCAGAGGGAGAGUUUGUGUCCAUGGGUGUCAUUUCUGAUGGCAACUCCUAUGGCAUUCCAGACGACCUGCUCUACUCAUUCCCUGUUGUAAUCAAGAAUAAAACCUGGAAGUUUGUUGAAGGACUCCCUAUUAAUGAUUUCUCCCGUGAGAAGAUGGAUCUUACCGCAAAGGAACUGGCAGAAGAAAAAGAAACUGCUUUUGAAUUUCUUUCUUCUGCCUGACUAGGCCACCAUGUCAAUGUUACUAAAUGCCCCAAAACUGAAGAAGCUAAAUGUCGUCUUUAACUUUAGUACCAAAUAAUAAUAAUAAUGAUAAUGUUAUACUUAAAUUACUUGAGAAAACCAACACAUUGUAAAGAUCAUGUGCUUCUUGGUACAGAUUUGUGAGUAACAGCCCAUCAUCAUGCUGAUAGCACUACAGUCUAAAUAAAAAUAUAUACUCAAGUGAAA